AUGGACGAUCACGGGCGGCGGAGGAGGCCGAACGAACCGCCCGUCAACGCCCCUUCUAAUACUAGGUACCCAAUCCAUGAUCCCAAUGCGCAGGGACGGUCGUACGGCGCAAGCGGGUCUGACAGGUAUCGGCCCGCGCCUCUCAAUACAUCGCCUGCAGCAUCUAGAGGUAUAGCAGGCACGGCUAGCUACAGUGGAUAUUAUCAAGAGCCGGCAGCAGCGUUCUCCACCGCCAUGCAGCAGAAUACAAUGCCAUACCAGUCUGAAUACGGACAAGAUGCUCGACAAACACAGAGCUUUAGUACGUACAAUCCGUCCAUGAUGUACAACGUGCCGCAAGCGAGCGCGCAAAGUGCCGUCUACGAUACGAGUCAACAGUUCCCGUCACGGCAGCCUGCAGCACUGCAGAUGAUACAAACGGACGUGUCCAACCCCUAUUUCCCGAGCGAACCGACCAACGCGGCCGCAGCGACUAGUUUACAGUCACAUGCCGGUUCUUCAAGUACAUCAGCAGCAGUAUAUCAGCAGAGUCCAGUUGCCCAACGUGCAAUGCUUCAGAACUAUCCAAGUGGGAUACCGCCAGUGGGCAUGGCACAAACGAGCACGCCCGAGCAGGCUGUAGAGGAACCCGACUACUCACAGACGGCAGAGAUGAGUGAGGCCUAUGCGCGAUACCAAACUGCUUUGGGGGAGGUUUUCACCAACAUUCGUAACGGGGUGCUACAAGCUGCAAGCGAGUCGCUCUUGAACAUUUCCGAGUGGUUGCUCUCCAAAGUUGUGGAACUAGGCCUCGCAGCGGACGAUGAAAAUCUUUACAGAGAUCGCAUCAAAAUGUGGCAGGAUUUUAAUCAUGCAUGGCUCUCGUUAUUCCAAAAACAAAAGGAUAUGAUGGAAUCUGGCGCGCCGCCUCAACGAGGCCAGACGCUAAUUAGCGAAGAUGGAUUGAGAAAGAUGGGGAAAGAGAUUGUGAGGCUUUGCGACGGGAUUGAUCGGCACGGUCUAGUAGACUACGAAUAUGGAGUCUGGGAAGAGUCUAUUGUUACUAUCAUCGAGGAUUGUCUCGAUCUUUAUGAAGACGAAGAAGAGGCCGAACCUUCCGGUUCCUCCGCCGCGAAUCCUGCCGGAGCGGGCCGUCGUAGCCAUCGCACUUCUCGAUAG